UUGUAUAUUCUUGAUUCUUCAUCCUUUCAGUAUAACUCCUUCCUACAAGUUUGCAACCCACAAACCAUGUAGGCGUAUAUGCGGUCGCAGUAACUUAAACAUAAAUGUCGUUGUGUAAUUCCUCAACAGGUGGCCACGUACCUGACAGGACCUGACAUUCGUUGAACAAUGGCAUGUAGAAUUUUGACGGCUUCUUAACUCAACUUCAACAAUAUGUCACCCAUGUCGUCUUUUCACCUAUAAUCAUCUCCCCGCAUGGCAUCGGUUUACAAUUUAUUCCACGAUGCCAUCCAUAUGGAAGACAGUAUUGUUGAAAGAUACGAACAGAACAAUGCUGUUGAAAGUAGACGCCAUUUUGCUGCACUGAAGAUACAGAAACACUUCAGAGGAUUCUUAACGCGAAACCGUAUCAAGAGGUUGCACAAAUACGCUAUUUUGAUCCAGAAGACCUUUCGAGGAUGGCUUGCCAGGUACCAUUUGCCUGACAGGCUUCACGAGUACUACGAUCGAUUAUUCUUGGACCACAUCAACAAAAGUGCUGCGAAGAUUCAAGCUACUUGGAAGGGGUACUCUUUCAGGAAGUACGAGGUUUGCAUCAAGGACAUUCGAGAAGAAAGGGCUCUCAGAGAAAAGGCUAACGAAGAGAUGCAGAUGAUGCUGAGGCUUCAGAGGGAGCUUAUGAUGGGCGGGAUUCAAGCAGGAACCAAACCUCAAAACAUCAACUUGUUAGAAAAUAUCAUAGAGGUGUGCAUUGAUCGUCAUCACCUGUUAAGUACCAAACAAAUCAGAGGAGUGUUAUCAGCACCACAACACCAGGAACUUUCUGAGUUGGAAAAGAUAAUAAAGACCAGCACAUGGACGGACUACAUGAGGAAGCUCAGAAAAAUCUACCGCAACUCUGCAAUGGGACAAGAUGAAGAAGACCAACAAAUAGCCUAUCAACAUCCCAAGCUGAGAAGAUACCAGAAACUUAUGAAACAGAGAGAUCCAAACAUGGAGCCUCCGCCUCCACCAUGUUACACAAAACAAAAGAAUGAUUUCUAUCUCUACAGUGGCUUGAUCAAAAGGGAACCGUACCAAAGAAUGCUGACAACGUCUGACAAGUACCGGAAACCUAUAACUGCUGUAGUCAGAAGCACUGAUCGGAGUAAGAAUAUUUGCGAGCAGGAUUUUGAUCUGAAUACUCUGAAAAUGGCCGCAAAGGAAGCUGAGGUUCCGCCGUAUUACAUCGACUUUUGGUUGACGAAAUGUAAAGUUCAUAAUUUGUGAAAUUGUUUAGAUAUGAAUAAAGCAUAGUCGGAUAGAA